AUGUCCUGGUCUCUGGAUUUGGUGCCGUUGCCUCCUUGUAUGGAGCUGGGCGGGCAGCCUUUGAGUGGGCUUCUAUGGACCCUGCUUCUCCUCUUCCUCUGGUACUGUUACCGGGUCGGUUCCGACCCGCCGGGCAUCGGCAGGGUGCACCCCGGAAAACUCAAGUCCGGCUCGGCUCGCUGCUCCCUCUCCCGCUCCUCCAGCUGUUCCGGGUCGGAACCGGGACGCUCAGCGCCCAAAGCCUCGGCCGCUAUCGGCAGGGAGACGGGGGAGGAGGAAGAGGAAGGGGCGGAGAGUUACCUGACGCCCGUGUUGAGCCAAGCGCUUUUUCCAGCCCAGGCGGGGGCGGGGACUCGGAAGCUGUACGGAGCGCUGCAGGAAUAUGCCAAGCGUUACAGCUGGGUGGGGAUGGGCCGCAUCCACAAAGGGCUCCGCAACCAGGCCAGAAUAAACGAGCGUUCUUCGAUCCAGAAGCCUCAUCUCUUCUACCUCCCAGAUGUUCCCAGCAUUCCUUUCUUUCCCCGGGAUGCACAUCGCCAUGACAUUGAUGUUUUGGAGGCCAACUAUCCCAUAAUCCUCGCUGAGUUCCAAGCAGUCUACCAGAGAGGCAUUGACACAAAGCUGGGCUGGACCUAUCACGGACCAAAGGGCCAGGCCGUAUUCCCGCUCUAUAACGCCGGCGUGUGUGUGGCCAGUAACUGCCGGGCGUGUCCCUGCACGUACCGUACCCUGCUCUCUUUAAGGACCUUCAUCAGCAGUAACUCUCUGGGGGCCGCGGGGUUCUGGAUCCUGGGCCCCGGGGCCACAAUAGGGGGGUCCUACGGCCCCACCAACACGCGUCUGCGCUGUCAUCUCGGUCUUCAAACUCCUGCCCAGUGUGAGUUGGUGGUGGGUGGGGAGCCCCAGUGCUGGUCUGAGGGACACUGCCUCCUAGUGGACGAUUCUUUCUUGCAUACAAUCUCGCAUAACGGAGGUGCUGAGGAUGGCCCAAGAGUGAUCUUUAGUGUGGAUCUCUGGCACCCCAAUGUUGCUGCAGCAGAGAGACAGGCUUUGGACUACAUAUUUGCCCCAGAGCAAUAA